AUGCUUACUGCUAUGCCUCGAGAUAUUAGAAAGAAAACAAUUUCUACAAAGGAAAUGCUACAAGUCAUGAAUGAUAUGGGGAAAAGAAUUUUGGAUGCUGGGGACUAUGAUCUCCAAGUUGCCAUUACUGAAGCAUUAUGCAGAAUGACGUCAGAAAAACAAAGAAGAGAGCUGGCAAUCCAGUGGUUUCCAAUGGAUUUUGUCAGCAGUGCAUUUAAACAAAUUAAAGAUUCUGAGUUUGAAACAGACUGCAGGAAGUUCCUUAACCAAGUUAAUGCCAUGCUUGGAGACAAAAGAAGGGUAUUUACCUAUCCUUGUUUAUCAGCUGCCCUUGGUAAACAUGAGCUACAGAUGCCAGCAGAUGAAAACCUUGAAGAAUGUUGGAUUGACUUUAACGUUGGUAGUAAAAGUAUAUCCUUUUAUGUUGCUGCAGAUGAUGAAGGUCAACAGUGGGAAACUGUGUGCAUACCAGAAGAAGAUGUUAGGACCUACAUAAUUGAAGAAAAAGAAAAAGAGAAAUUGUUAAUGGUACAUCUAAACAACCCAAUGUCAGUUGGUGCCCAGGAAGGGGAGAAAAUAAUCUUGCAUUUCGAUUCUGCAUUGGAAAUUAUGGAUGCAGUAAGAAAAGUUUAUGAAGCAACAAAAUGUCAGGUGUUUACAAGGAAGAAUACUGUGUCAGUUGCAAAAACAACAGUACAUGUAGUUUUUGAUGAAAGUGGAUCACAGACCACCCCUGGUAAAAGGAAAAUGUCUGAGGCAUCAAUGAUUGUGUCAUCCACUUCCAGGUUUUCUGUGCAGAGUCCAUUUCCUAUAAUUAAUACUUCAACUCCACGAAAAGGGAAGAUUACCCCACUUCAGAUGAUGAGUUUAGUGGAAAGAAAUGAAGAUUUCUCAGUACCUGAGACAAGAGUUAUGAAGACUGGCCGAGAAGAUAAUUGUGCACCUCUAUUUUCUGCAACCAAGGCUCUUAAUAGAAAUAAUUCUGUUGAGAAGAAAAUGAAAAAUAUAAUCUACAGUGAAGAAGAUCUAGAUAUUAACGGAAAGCAAAGUUUAGCUGCUAAUCGAAGUGACAGAGCUGCUAAGCAAAGAGCUUUUGCUUCAAUAUUUGAAAUGUCUUGUUCUGAGUUAAGAAAUAAACAGCAUUGCAGAGGCAAAAUCAUAGAGGAACAACACAGCAAAACCAAUAAUAUACCAGAUUCACAAACCUGUUUUAAGCAUUUGGAUGAGAAAAUACCAAAAAGUAAAAGUAGAAAGAGUGUUUCCAACACAUCUAAAAUAUCACUUCCUGCUACCAAAAAGAAUAAUGGUUCUCUAACAACUUCAAGGCACUCCAAAUCAAUCUCUGAAAUGAAUGAUCAUGAUAUUAGAUUGAAUAUAUCACCUUCUGCAAAAGAGACUGCUAAUAAGAAAACUGAUCAAAAAACAAAAUCAAAAGAUGUGAUUGAAGCAGCAGAAAUGUUAAUAAGUAAAAUCAGCAAAAGAUAUAAAGAAAAGGAUGGUAUAAAAAAUACAUCAAAAGUGUGCCAGUCAUUUUCUGAUCGGAGUGAUGAUGUCUAUGACUUUAAUCGAAGUGGAUUUGAUGAACCUACAAUAAAGCUUGGAGGCAGGAAAAAUAGAAACUACAAGCAUCUUUUUAGUGACACAGACACCGAAUAUAGAGGUGAUGAUACCAACACAGAAAUUAGCUGGUUAAGGGAAUCAAAUAGAAAGCCUAAACCUCAGCUCGUAAAUUACGGCAGAGCCAGAAAACCAAGGAAGUUCAAAACUCUGGAACCAGUACCUAUUUCUAAAAAUCAGAAUGAUAACGGUGAUGGGGAAAGAACACUACUGACCAGAUCAACAAAACUCAGAAAAGCAGCACUAGCCAAAAAAUGUUACAAAGAACUCUCAAGUUCAGGGAUAGAGAGUGAAGAGGAAAUUUCUGAAUAUUUGCAUAAGAAGAACACUUCAAAUGAACAUCCAGAACAUAAAAUCACAGCAAAAUCUAGAGCUGUUAAUCAACCCAAGAUACAACAACAUACAAUUGCCAGUGAGGCAGUCAGAGGAAAAUUGAUAAAUCAGCCCCAAAGAUCUACUAAAGCAAAAGAUGACAUGACAAAAAACCAAAUGGAAUUACCAUCAUCUCUUUCAUCUGGGAGUCCACCUUUCUCUGAGAUAAUGAGAUGUUAUGAGAAACAUACAGAAGAAUCUACUGAAGAGCACAUAUCAGUGAGAAGGUCGUCCUUAUCGUCCUAUCUUGAAGAAUUAACACCUGAAAAGGAGAAAUCAUUAGAAAAUAUUAAAGAAGAUUUUAUUAUGGGAAAAAUUAAUUCAGAGAGUGAACUAUUGAAGGAUCUUCCUGAAAAGGGAAGAAAAUUGGUAUUUGAAACGGAGGAUCUCUCACCUGUGAUAAGUCCGCUUUCUUUGUCCAACAAUAGUCCCUUCAAUAGAAAAAAACCAUUUAUCAAUUAUAAAAAUUCAGAAAUUGCUGAGGACGAAAUCUGUUACGCUGAUGAAGCAGUGAGCAUUACAAGGGGCCUUUUAAAUAAAUCAUUUCGUACAGAAAUGGAAGAUACAUCUGAAAAUAUCAUGAAGAGUAGAAGAGAGGGUUCUUUAUCUCCAUCUCAAUUAACCACACCUUGCAGAAGCAGAGAAGAAUUACAACAUGAAGAAUGUUUUACCGAUGUACAUGAAUCUGUAUCUGAAAACUUAUCUACAUUUUCUAUCAAUGAGACAUCUCCUUUUGAUGGGGAAGGCUGUUCAAAUGUAGAAACAAUUUGUCAGACGCUUCAUAAGGAAUUUGCUAGGAAAAUACAGAGCCGAUCAAAGAAAAUUGACUGUUUUGCAAAACAGUCACUGAAAACAACACAUCAGCAUAUGAACACAAUGGGAAGAGAAUUACAGAAGUACAGAUCCAGACAGCUGGAAAAUCUUCAUUCCUGCCUCCUGAAAGAGCUUGAAAGUUUUGAAAGAGAUUCACAACUAUUGAGAAAUAUCGAAAAAGAUUUUUCAAAUUUUUCAAAGAAGCAUUUUGAAACGUUUAGCACUUACAACAAGAAUGAACAGCAGAGACUUCAGAAUCUUAGAACUUCAUUUGAGAAGAACAUUUACCAUACUGCUGAUCAAGAGGAAAAUAUUUUUCUAUCUCAAGUACAUUUUUUGAAAGAAGAUUUUAAUGGGAUUCAAGAUAAAUUUCUUAAGGAAAUGCAUGAAGAAGAAUUGCUUAAUGUUCGCAAAGGAUUACAAUCACUAUUUAUGGGAGAAGAUAGAAAGUUGUAA